UUGCGAGUUACAUCUCUCCCUUCUCGUGCCAAUUAGCCCACGGGCGCAGUUCUCCCCUCCGUUUGGGUCUGGGUUCCGCUCUGAGCACGUGGUCGCGACCGCCCACUGCCGGAACUGCCAUUCCCGCACUUCCUGCUCAGUCCUGCUGGCAUCGCUCCUGGUGCUCCAUACGGCCCAUCCACCUUGGGACGGUCUUCUUCCCUCUUCCUUAAAACAAAAGACUAGCCAAGCGUACGAUGCUCACAACGCAGCUGCUUAAUCGUAACUGUUCAGCUACUAGCUGCUAAAUAAUUUAAAAAAAACCAAAAACAAAACGAAAACAAACAAAAAACCACAACCCUAUUCAAAUUCUAAGGGGUUCGGUCACAAACACACACACCCCCUUCCCCGGCUCUUCCUCGGGUUUCCCGCCGCCUGCCCGCGCCAGGAAGGAGCAGCUCCGUCCCCUGUACCAGGAGCGCCCUCGGCGAAGGUGGCGCCGGCUCCGCCCCCGCCGCGCUCACGGGGCCGCCCGAGCGGCGCAGCGAUGGCGGCGCCCAGCGCCGUGUGGCUCGGCGGGGACUCGGUGGAGUGGGCGCUGUGUCCCUACGACGCCCAUCACCGCGUCCCCCGCGCGUCGCUGGAGAGGCACGCGGCGUCCUGCCGGCUCCGCAAGAUGGGAUACUCCGCCGAGGAGGAGGCCGAGAUGUACGACUCCAGCUUUUUCUACGAAAAGGCGAAGGUUCCCACCGUCGCCAUGGAUAAAGAUCUACAGUUUCACAUUGUUAAGCAGGCUAGAGCUCAAAGCACCAAGGAAGGCACAGGCUACAGUGAAGGAUCUUACUCAUUGCUGCCUGUAGAAGUUCCUCAAAAUCACAAGCGGUUCACCUGUGACCUCACUCAAGCUGACCGCCUUGCUCUUUAUGAUUAUGUUGUUGAGGAAACAAAGAAACAGAGAUCUAGAUCCCAAAUAAUGGAAAAUGAUAGUGAUCUCUUUGUGGAUUUAGCAGCGAAAAUCACCCAAGAUGAUAGUCAGAAAGGUCCCAAGUCCCAUCUUGAAAUUCUGGCUGAAAUGCGAGAUUACAAAAGGCGGCGGCAGUCAUACAGGGCUAAGAAUGUUCAUAUAACAAAGAAGUCUUACACUGAGGUGAUUCGGGAUGUGAUUGGUGUCCAUAUGGAAGAACUCAGCAAUCAGUGGCAGGAGGAGAACAGGUUGGAUAAUGCAGAGAUAUGUGAAGGAGGGAAGUCGAAAUCUUCAGGAAGAAGGGAAGACAGGCGGUCAGCUUCAGUGGACUCACGGCAGUCUGGGGAAAGCAGUAAGGAUAUUGAAUGCUCAAGACACAGGAGAGACACCAGCAGGAGUCCAAGUAAACGAAGAAGGAGUCAUGAAAGAGGCAAAGACAGAGACUCUCGGAGAAAAAGAGAGAGGGAUGAAGACAAGUAUCACAGGCAUAAACGAAGGAAGUAGAAGCAAUAACCUGAUUAUUUUGUUUGUCAGCUGUUCAAAAAAUUACUUGCACAAGAACUGUUGCUACUGCUGUUGUGCUUAGGACAGUAACGCUGUGCACAUGAUGCUGAUAUUGCAUCAUGGCUGUGCUUUGAGAAAAAAAGUGUUAAGGUUUGCCAGAAUGGAAGCAGUAUAUAGCAGAAAAUGUGUAAAUCUGUAACAUUUGCGCAUCUUUUAAUAAAUUAUAUUGACUUUUCGUGUA